AUGUUCCCAUACAGCUCGUUUACUCGCGGCGAGGCCACUCCGCGCGACCCCGCUGGCGCACGCACGCCUGUGCGCACACGCACACCCGUCCACCGCGAAGAAAGCCCCACUAUCGCAGACACAGCUGCCCCUAUUGCGGCUGUCAAGGCUAUGGAUGAGCGGCCCCCGACUCCCGACUACAAGAAGGCGCAGUAUUUGAACAUGAGCAGCAUGUCGAGCUGGUAG